AUAGAGCUCUUCUUGGUUAUUUAUGUGGUUAUCGGACCCCUCGUUAUGUGCCCCUCUGUUCCAUAUCUUCGGACCCUUGCUCUCUUCUUCCCCAAGGAGGCGGUUUCUCGGCCGAUCUCCGACCGAGAUCGGGGUUCGAGGGUUUUGUGCUUCACUCUAAUUCGUUGCAGCGCGGAGAAGGGGCCAUCUUUUUAGCAAAAGGAUCACCUUUCCAUCUCUCUCUGAAACUAGUCUUCUUUAGGUUAGUAGCAGAGAAGAAGAGCCAUUCCCUUUGGACUCUUGUUAUUCGUGUUUCCUCUCUUCAUCUCAGGCAAAAAGAAGCAUCCUUUCUCCCUCCCAAGUUUCCCCCCAUUUUCCCAUAAUCCGAUCAUGGCCGAACCAUUGCUCAAUAAAUCAUCCUCGAGCCGUCUCCCCAGCUUCACGCAAUCGGUGAAGCUCAAGUAUGUCAAGCUCGGUUACCACUACCUCAUCACCCAUGGCAUGUACCUCUUCCUCACACCCCUCGUCGUCCUCGUCGCCGCCCAACUCUCCACCUUCUCUGUCCAAGACCUCCACGACCUCUGGGAUCAUCUCCGGUUUAAUCUCAUCUCCGUGAUCCUCUGCUCCACGCUCCUCGUCUUCCUCUCCACCCUCUACUUCCUCACCCGUCCUCGGCCUGUCUAUCUCGUCGACUUUGCAUGCUACAAGCCGGAGGAGGCCCGGAAGUGCACCAGGCAAAUCUUCAUGGAGCGGUCCAAGCUGACGGGCUCGUUCACGGAAGAGAACCUCGAAUUCCAGCGUAAGAUCCUCGAAAGGUCGGGCCUUGGCGAGAACACUUACCUCCCUGAGGCUGUCCUCAAUGUUCCUCCUAAUCCCUCGAUGGCCGAGGCCAGGAAGGAAGCCAGAGCUGUUAUGUUCGGCGCCAUCGAUGAACUCUUCGCCAAGUCUGAUGUGAAGCCCAAGGACAUUGGGAUCUUGAUUGUGAAUUGUAGCUUGUUCAAUCCGACCCCAUCUCUUUCUGCCAUGGUCGUGAACCAUUACAAGCUUCGAGGAAACAUAGUAAGCUAUAACUUAGGUGGGAUGGGCUGCAGCGCAGGGCUGAUCUCUAUCGAUCUUGCCAAGGAUCUUCUUCAGGUUCACCCCAGUACCUAUGCCUUGGUCAUCAGCAUGGAGAACAUCACCUUGAACUGGUACUUCGGCAACAAUCGUUCCAUGCUCGUUUCCAACUGCUUGUUCCGAAUGGGCGGGGCUGCAAUCCUUCUCUCCAACAAGAACUCCGACCGCCGCCGCUCCAAGUACCAAUUGGUUCACACGGUUCGAACCCACAAAGGUGCUGAUGACAAGUGCUUCAGCUGUGUCACCCAAGAAGAGGACGCCAAUGGGAAAAUCGGUGUCUCGCUUUCGAAAGAUCUGAUGGGAGUUGCCGGCGAUGCCUUGAAGACCAACAUCACGACGUUGGGUCCUCUCGUCCUGCCCAUGUCCGAGCAGUUGCUCUUCUUUGCUACAUUGGUGGGGAGGAAGAUCCUCAAGAUGAAGAUUAGGCCUUACAUUCCUGAUUUCAAGUUGGCCUUCGAGCAUUUCUGCAUUCAUGCCGGCGGAAGGGCUGUCUUGGAUGAAUUGGAGAAGAACCUGCAGCUCUCGGGGUGGCACAUGGAGCCUUCGAGGAUGACGCUCUUCAGAUUUGGAAACACUUCGAGCAGUUCCCUCUGGUAUGAACUGGCGUACACGGAAGGGAAGGGAAGGAUCAGGAGGAGGGACAGAAUUUGGCAGAUAGCAUUCGGAUCAGGAUUCAAGUGUAACAGUGCAGUGUGGAAGGCUUUGAAGACGAUCGAUCCUGCAAAGGAAAAGAACCCCUGGAUGGACGAGAUCCACAGCUUCCCAGUCGACGUUCCAAGGGUGUCAGCAAUCUGAAUCAUGGUCCCGCUGGGGAUGCGAGUUGCAAGACCUUGCUGUUGUUGGGUGGUGAAAUUGGUAUUUGAUCUGGUUUCAUGGCUUGCAAUAAUUUUACAUUCAGUUGUAGGUUCAUUCUUAUGAUGGGUGGGUGGAGAAUUUGUUAGGAAAGGUGUUUUUUUUUCUAGCUUUCUUGGUGUAGUCAUGUAGAGGUCUGAUCAUUGGUUCGAAGGAAGGAUGGGCUGGAUUGCUAGACUAGGAAGAGGUCAGGGAUGAAUUGUUGUGUGUUAUCAUGUGGUUUAGUUUAUGCAACUUAAACCAUUGACUCUGCUUAAAUCUCAUCUAUUUGGUCUACAGUUUCUAUGCUUGGUAAAAACUA